GCACCAUCACAGGUUUUAAAACAACCUCUCUGUUACCCUUGAAAUCCUAGCUGGAUAUAAUUAUUAUGACCACUGGGACAAUUUGGCAUUUCAGAAAACCUAAUAAAUUUGUAUUUGUAAUAAAUCUGACUUUUGUCAGAUAGAAACUGAAGUUUAUCUUCAGUUCCUGUUGGUUAAACAUAGACAGGAUAUUGAGAAACACUUGUUGAAAUGCUUUGACGUGAACUAACGUGUCUUAAUAUCCUGUCACAACGGCAAAAAGACAGUUUUUGUGUGGAAGACCCACAGUGGAAACGCACAGAGCUACAAGGACGAGACCGGUAAUCUCCGAGCAGGACAGAUGUCAUCCACACUGAAAAGCAUAGCAGGAAUUACAGUAGGCGUAUUGUUCAUUCUUUUGUGUUUGGGGGUCAUGACUGCGUCCAUUGUAUUGGGGGCAUUGAAUCAGACCCGCUGUCCCGUGGAGUCCUACAUUCCCAUCUACCUGAUAGUGUUGGGAGCGGUGAGCGUUUCCUCAAUUUUGCUGACCUGUUGCAAGAGCUGCUGCGAUGAUGGAUUUUGCUCUACAGUGGCCUGGGCCUUCGUCAACAUCCUGAACAUGUUCAUGGGGUGCUGGUUCAUUGCAGGCUCAUAUUGGAUUUACAGAGUCUAUCCUCCCAGCUCCUUGCCGGAUACGGAUCAGUAUUGCCACCAGAUUAUGUACAACUUUGCGUUUGGUCUCACCACCGUGCAGUGGGUCAUGUUUGGCCUCGUGUGCCUCUGUGGCGGAUGCUUGACCUGUUUAACUAGCAGCGGCAAAUUGACAUCUCUGAGCAAUAACUUUUAUGGUGCAACAAGCUUUCAAGCUAAUGUGUGAUUGUCCCAACAUGCCCAAUGGCUGACUCCAGUUUGACUCAAGUUACUAAAGAAUUCACCUCAGCUGUGUGUUUAAGAGUCAAGAAAAAAAAUGACCAGUUUUAAGAUUCUGCAUUUGCUGCUGUAGUUUAUUUGUUAAUUGUGCGGUUGUACAUUAGAUAUAAUGUUUGUAUCUGAGGCAAAUGAAAGAAUGUUAAAAGUUCUUUCAACAUUUACUUGUUUCCUGUUGUCUUCCUGUUGCUUUGCUUGCAACAGCUUUAUGAAACUUGGUUAAUUCCGGAAAAAAGAUGUAACUGUUGACCUUUGAAUCUGUUUGAGUGGAAAAGGCACUUCUCCUGUAAAUAAUUACCUCUGCCAAUGAUGUUAGAAGAGGAUGUUUUUGCCCCUGUUUGUUUGUUUGUUUUGAACAGUCUGGAGCCCACAAUUUUUCAUAUAUUGUUAUGAAAUUUUUACUGAAGAUUUAUAUCCUGAUAGGCAAGAACUGAUUCAAUUUUCAAGGUCAUAGGUCAAAGGGCUAAGUCAGUAAAAUUCAUGCAAAGAUUGGAAAAAAUCCCUGUGUUUAACACUGAACAAAUUUUCAAAAAUUCAUAACUGUCAAAAAACAUCAACUUUCAUAUUUGAGGGCAUUAUGUAGGAUGGCAUCCUUUAUUGACUGAAAAAGUUUGA